AUGACGUUUUAAGCUAUUUCGAGGGCGGAAUCUUCAGUGGAACUACUUAUGUGACGACCAAUGGAGCGGCGGACUCAUUUGUUCGCCGAACGGACUACUGGAUGUUGCGAUAAGUUUCAGUAGAAAAGUAGUAGCUGAAUGUAACAAGAUGGAUAGUGAAGUCCAGAGAGACGGGAGGAUUCUGGAUCUUAUCGACGAUGCCUGGAAAGAAGAUCGUUUACCUUAUGAAGAUGUUACAAUCCCUUUAAAUGAACUUCCAGAGCCGGAGCAGGACAAUGGAGGAUCAACUGAAUCUGUCAAAGAACAAGAAAUGAAAUGGUCUGAUCUUGCUCUUCAGAGCUUACAUGAAAAUACUCCAAACCCAGGGAGUUAAGCCUACCAUGGCUGCACUGCACAUUGACCAUUUAUGUGAAUUUAGUAGAAAACGUCCUCCAAAGUGCCUCACCCAGGGCUUUCUUUUAAAGCUGCUGCUUCUGCUGUAACAGCUAGUGCACCCACCAAUCCCACAUUGCACUGCUCAUCGGCUUUGUGGGAAUUGCUCAAAAAUAACACAUUUGGCCAAGGAGUGAGGGAGAGAACUUUUUUUGUUUUCCAGUUUGUAUUCCAGACUGUCCACAACAAAAGUAUUUGCACAUGGCUUCUGUUUUUUCUACAAACUUGCAUGCUCAAAGAAAUAAAAAGUUACUAGUCAACAGA